CUCCUCGGCACUUUGGAGCAGCGCGUCUUCGCUCUGUGGCUUCAGUCACGCUGUCCUCUGAUCGCGGGACACCUUUUGAAGAUUUUACAAGUGAUUCGAACCUUAACGAUGACAGAUUUCAAAACUUCAGACGGACUUUUCCACAAGUCCUCAUUCAGCAUCAGCAGCUUGCUGUGGAGACGAGAGGAGAUGGUGAACGACACGUCUGGUGCCGCGUCGCAGGCGCAGCCGGACGCAUCUCAUCAAGAGAGUGACACAAACUGCGACAACCCGAAAAAAGAAAGUAUACCGGUGAAGGAAGGAGGAGCGGGCAAGGGAGAAUUAAAGAAAAGCGGUGGAGGAGAGGGAAGUGUCAAACCCGAGAAGCCUCCUUUCAGUUACAACGCGCUCAUCAUGAUGGCGAUCCGCCAAAGCCCGGACCGACGGCUCACGCUCAACGGCAUCUAUGAGUUUAUCAUGAACAACUUUCCGUACUACCGACAGAACCGACAGGGCUGGCAAAACUCCAUCCGGCACAACCUCAGCCUCAAUAAGUGUUUCGUCAAAGUACCGCGCCACUACGAUGACCCGGGUAAAGGGAACUACUGGAUGCUGGACCCCUGCAGCGAGGACGUCUUCAUCGGGAACACGUCAGGGAAACUCCGGCGCAGAACCCCUGCCGGCUCCAGGAGCAAACUUACACUGAAAAGAGGAGGAACUCGCCUUAUGUCCUCCGGAUCCGCGGCCAGCGUCACCUUAGCCGCAGCGGGUUCGUUUUACUGGCCGGUUCCGCCGUUUCUGCCUCUCCAAACGCCGGUGCGCGCCCAGCUCGGCGCGGGAUCUUACAUAAGCGCUCCAUCCCGUUUUUCCAACCACUCCACGUCUGUUGUCUCCCAGCGGUCCCGACUGAGCGCAACAAGUGCCGCUGAUGCCGACCGGUUCGUGCAGACACACCAGGAGAUGUCCUACUUUGGAGUUAGCUGCGCGCAAUCCCGUCGCCACCACGUCGGCGCCGCUUUCUCCGCGUCCAUUCCUGCGUGCACGCUACCGCUGUCAGAUCCGUGCUCUUUCAAGAUGAUAUCUGGACAAGCCAGUUACUUUUACGCACAUCAAAUACCGUGUGCCGCCACGUACAGCCCGUGCCAGGAGGAGUGCGCAAGGUCCAAGACGUCUCUGGGACAUUUUGUAUCCAAGAGCGGGCACUCGGACCUCGGAGGAUGCUGUAGUGACUUUCCAAAUUGUCCUCAAGUCACGUCAAGCCCCACUUCUUCUUGGCACGUGGAAAAAUAA